UGUUAACAGUAAUUAUUAAAUAAUAUUAAAGAUGUUAAAGAAAAAAAAAAUAGAAUCCAGGUAUGAAAAUAGCGUGUUCGAUAGUACGGUGCCUGUCCCUUCUGAGCACGGAUGAUAUGACUUCGCUGCACGCCAUUCACUACCAGUCGCUGGCUAUACGUCCUGUUAAGCUAAAGUUCUAUUUACUUGGUUGACUUAGCUACAAACCCCAAGAGCUUGAACAAGAUUUCUCGACUAAUAGUAUACGUGUGACCGUAUAUUUCUUCUUCAUCAUAAUCGAUCGGAGCUUAUAUGUAAAGCUUGUUAAGCUACCUUGCGUGCCAUAGUGCCAGCGGAAUGCUGACGACUAGCAACUACCCUCGACGAUGUCGUAUGGGUGGAACAUCUACUUUUGGUGUCACUUCUCCUGGAAUUUUGUCUUCUCGAUCUAAAUUACUGGUGAGGUCUUAUUACAAACCAAGAAAUACUUCCAACUUUACUCAUAUUGAAAAUGCUCCAUUUGGAAGACCAAAAAGAUUCAAAAUUAGAAGAAUAAAUUCUUUCCAAAAGAUGGACACAACGAAGAAGAAAAUACCUGACUAUACUGAUACAGUGUACCGAGAAGCUGUUUCUAGAUUGAAAUGUUUACUAGCAGAAUCUUACACUUCAAGAAGCGGGAAAGUACUACGAGAUAGAAGUAUUUACAGACGUAGUAACACAAAAUUACAUGAAUCUGGAGACGAAACUGAUGAAAGAAGUAUAAGUGAAUGUUCCAAAGGAUUAUCAACAAAUUUAUUAUUACGAGAAAAUAUUUCUGAUAAGAAUCGUUUGCCUUUAACAUCGGCAUUGAUGACAGAUGAUUCUCAAAUCUCACCAAAAGAACUGUCAACUCUCAUCAUGCGUCAGGAAGAAUAUAUUGAACAGCUUGAAAGUGAAUCACAGUUUUGUAAAGACGAGUUGAAGAAUUUACUUGAAAAAAUUCGAGAAGUUGUUGCAGAAAAUGAAGCUUUGCAUGACAAAAAUAAAACAACUUUACUUAAAUCUUUCCUCAAUGAGUUUGAUAGUAAUAAAGACACAAAAAGAAUUGAUGGGACGAAACAUAUAAACCUACAUGAUGGAGAAUUUUCUUCUGGAAAGAAAAUAAAACUUCAUCAGGUUACUGAAGGUCCAAGUAUUAUUUUUGAAUCACGAAUUAGUGAAUUAGAAGCUCAGUUGACUCAAGCUAGAAUCGAAUUGAGAAAAGCUCAGGAAGAAAACCAAAAUUGUAUAAAAAAAAUGUCUGAAGGUGGUUCAAGUUCUUCAAGUCCUGAAACAAUGGCUCAGUUGGACCAACUAAUGAAAGAAAAGAGGGAACUCAAUUCCAAAUUAGAUGAAGCUUUGAGAAACCUAAAAAGUGUUCGAGAAAAAGAAAUGGAAGCUACACAGAAGGCAAAAAGAGCUCAGGAUUUAGCUCAGCAAGCAGAAUUUGAUAAAAGUCAACUGGAAUCUGAAAUCAGGAGACUCAAAGAUGAGUUAGAAAGACAACGAGAUAAGAUUCGAGAAGCUACUCAAGACACAAGUCGUCGUUUAGCUGAAGAAAGACAUCAAGUUGAACGUAGAUAUAGUCAACAAGUUGAACAAUUAACUGCUGAUAUUGCUACUCAUUGGGAUGCUGCCUCUAAAUCACAGUUAGAAAUAGAUAAACAGAGAAGAGAAAUUGCUGAUCUUAAAAGAGAGUUGAAUCAAAAGCAAGCGAUGAAUGAUGAUCUAAAAAAAGAAAUGCUUCUCAAAACAUCUAACUUGCAGAGUGAUAUAAAUCAAUUAGCAGCAGAAAAAGAUGCCGUGGAACAGGAAUUAGCAACCGUAAAAUUGGCAGCAGAGCGCAAUGAAAGACAUGCACGUCAGGAGCAAAGUCGUUGCCAAAUAGAAAUAAAUUCUUACAAGCAGCGAUUGGAAAGAGCUGAUGUGGAUAUAGUUCAUUGUCGCCGAGAGAAUCUUCGAUUAUCUGAGCAAAUAGCUUCUCUUGAGAAAGAGCUGAAUAUGGAGAAAAUAGCUCAUGCCAGUGAAGGCCAAACACCAGCAGCAACACCAAGAGUAGAAAAUGAAAAAGAUUUGACGUCAAUGAUAAUGGAGAUGGAAACAAAGCAUGCUGCUACAGUGGCUGGACUUGAAGAUUCUGUCAGCAAUCAAGCGAAACUCGUCUCGCGACUGACUGCCGAAUGCCAAUCUCUCACACAGCGUUUGGAUGCUAACAACCGUGCACACAAGGAAGAAAUGGCCAGUUUACAAAACAACAUAGAAUUUUUGACGAAAAAAAUAAAAGAAACAUUUGAAAGUCAAAAAGGAAAAUCGCCAGGAACAGAAUCAUCGAUAGAACCAUCACCAAACCAAAAUGUCACAUCUCAUGGAGAAGACAUAAACACAGGAUAUUCUUUAAAUGAUAAUCAAAAUUAUUCUCAUCUUUACAAUGAAAGCGAGCAAAAUAAAAACCAAGUUACAGACUCAUCACAAUUUACAUCAGAAGAAAAUGAAAAUUAUCAAGACUAUGCAUCACACGAUCCUAAUUACCAAGGACAAUAUUCAAAUGAAAGCUAUCAACAAUAUGAACAAUACGAUCCUUCUUUUUACCAACAAGAAUCUGGUGAUAAUAAUCAACCAAACCAACUUGAUCAGCAACAAUAUGAUAAUUAUGCAAGUAACGAUUAUAUUGAUAAUCAACAUGAAUCAGUUACAAAUGAGCAGUCAUAUGAAGAUAAUGACCAAAAUAAAAAUGUUUCUAAAUAAUUAGUACUAGUAGAGAUUAGAUGAUAAAUAAUGAUAUUAU